AUGAAUUGGGGUACUGAGCUUUGGGAUCAGUAUGAUAACUUAGCCGCCCACACGCACAAAGGAAUCGAGUUCCUGGACAAAUAUGGUAACUUCGUGAGGGACCGGUGCGCCAUAGAGCUCGAGUAUGCAGGAAAACUCAGGAGGCUCGUCAAAAGCUAUCAACCGAAAAGAAAAGAAGAAGAUGAAUACCAAUAUUCAGCGUGCAAAGCGUUCAAACAACUUCUACAGGAGCUGGGCGACUUCGCGGGGCAGCGCGAAGUUGUUGCGGAGAACCUACAGUCGAACGUCGUACGGGAGUUGCAUUUGCUUGCCAAGGAGCUGCGAGAAGAGAGAAAGCAACAUCUCAGCGAGGGCGCCAAACAGGUGGCGGUGCUCAACUCGGCCAUAGGAGCGCUGGACAGGGCGCGGAGGGCCUACGAGAGGGCCGCUAGAGAGUCCGAGAGGGCGCUCGAGACCUUCCAGAAGGCAGACGCCGAUCUUAGUCUUAGCCGCGCGGAGCUGGAGAAGCAGAAGGCGAACGUGAAGGCGAGGAGCCAGGCGUGCGAGGAGGCCAAGCAGGAGUAUACCGACCAGCUGCGGAAGACGAACGAGGCGCAGAGGCAGCACUACGAGCAGCGGUUGCCGCACGUCUUCAAACAGCUGCAGGACUUGGACGAAAAGAGAAUCAAAAAUAUAAAGAACUUCAUGUUAAGCUCCGUGGACGUUGAGAGGAAAGUUUUCCCUAUCAUAAUGCAGUGCCUUGACGGUAUGGAGUUGGCGGCGAAUAGUAUUAACGAGAAAGAGGACACACAGUUAGUAAUAGAGAGGUACAAAUCGGGCUUCGUGCCACCGGAGGACUUCAGAUUCGAAGCGACGUCCGGCGGCGAGAUGGCCGAGGUGGCGCCACAGAACCACCUGACCGCCGCGCGGGGCACCGUCUCCGGCCACCGGAUCAAGAAGCGCGGCGGCCUUUUGUCUAUAUUCAGCUCCAACAAGAACAACAUGUCGAUGGAUGGAAAGGAGGAUUAUUCAGAUUUGCCACCAAAUCAGAAGAAAAAGAAACUUCAGGCCAAGGUCCACGAGUUAAACAAGCAGGUUGCACAAGAGCAGGCCGCAAUGGAAGGUCUUAUGAAAAUGAAGGGCGUUUACGAAACAAACCCCACGUUAGGAGACCCAAUGACCGUGGAAGGCCAGCUGAACGAGUGCUGCGACAAGCUCAAGAAACUUCGAGCGCAGCUGCGCAAGUUCGAGGAGUUGCUUGCGGAGGCGAACAGUCUGGUGUGCGCGCCGCCGCUGCACCCGGCCUCUAGGACGAACGGAUCGGCCCCACCCGCCCAGGCCAUAAGCAUCGGCUCGAACAGCGAGUCGCUGUCGCGCUCCGCGUCCGAGUCGUCGGUGAGCACGGGCACGGGCACGAACGCGUGCGCGGCGGCGGGCGCGCGCGUCGCCGGCGGCUCGCCCGAGUCGGGCCUCGGCGGCGAGCUGGCCGCCGCGCACGACCACGCCAACGGCCACCACCACGACCACGACCACGACGACCACGACGAGCACGACGCGCACGACCACGAGUCCGACAUGGACUACUACUACGAGCCCGACCUGCAGCCGCUCGGCUACUGCAAAGCGCUGUACGCGUUCGAAGCGAACGGCACCGGCUCGACAAUGCGGAUGGAGUGCGGCGAGCAGCUGCUCGUGCUGGAGACGGACGCGGGCGACGGCUGGACGCGGGUGCGGCGCCGGCACACGCGCGAGGAGGGCUUCGUGCCCACCACGUACAUCGCCACCACGCUCUACGCGGACGCGCACGACCAC